UAUGACUUCAAUCGGAUUUUCAAUCAUUUUCUCGAUACAAGUACUAAAAAGAUUCAAGCGCAGUCUUUCCAGUCGCUGGGUUUUCGACGCAGUAACGGGUAACCCGACCAUGUCGAUGAAUCCGUCUGCAUCAUCGACGGUUCGUAAUGGACCCAGUUCCGAGGAUACAGUCGCCGCUAGCAUGCAGGAGAUGCUGUGCAGCGGCGAUCUGAGUGACGUGCACUUUGUGGUGGGACGGGAUUUCGGACAAGCCAAGGAGUUCCACGCGCACAGGCUCAUUCUGGCUGCUCGCAAUCCGGUGUUCCGGACGAUGUUCUUCGGGAGUUUGCCUGAAAACGGUGACACAGCGAUCGACAUCCGCGACAUGAUGCCAGAGGCCUUCUCUAAUAUGCUACAUUUCCUGUACACCGGUGAUGUUACGAAUCUGACUGCGGACAGCGUCAUCCCGACGCUGGUUUGUGCUGACAAGUACGAUUUGCCGCGGCUGAUCAGGAUCUGCUCCGACUUCAUCGCCAACCAUCUUAGUGUGGAUAACUGUCUGACCGUGUUGGAACAGGCCAUCCAGUGGAGUGCUGCCGGUAUCGCGCAAAAAUGCCUGGAUUUGGUGGAUGCGCAGAGUGAUGCGGUGAUGCGAUCGGAUCGGUUCACGGAUAUCAGCCCGGCGACAUUGCAGAUGAUUCUGCAACGCAGUACACUUACGGCGGAGGAGAAUGUGGUGUACUUGGCGGUGGAACGGUGGGGAGUGGCGGCCUGUGCACGGAAUGGCCUGGAUUCGUCUGCCGUCAAUCGGCGUCAGAUGUUGGGGGAUGCCUUGUUCCUGGUGCGGUUCCCAUUGCUGACUUCGUGGCAGCUAGCCAACGGUCCUGGCCAGAGUGGUCUCCUGACUGAAGCGGAAAUCGGCAGCAUCUUCCUGCAACAGAAAGCCAAGGUUAAGCCGACGGCACCAGCCUUUUCCGCGGAGUGCCGCACGGGAUUGCCGAACGCUGCAGCGCCCACGUUUCAGCCGGAUGAAACUGUCUUUGCGCAGACUGUCGAAGGACAUUGGUGGAUGCCGGCCACCAUCACCGGUUCGAACGGGCUGAAGCUAGUGUUAAAGUGGAGUUGCAGUGGCACACGUUCUUACAAAACGACGGACCAGGUGGUGCGAGCAUCGGAAAUCCUGCAGCCGGGGCAGCCCCUGCACAUUCUUUAUUCUGGCAACUGCCAGACAGCCAGUUACUCAAAGGCUGCGGCGGAUGGUCUGCAUGAGGUCUUCUGGGGUCCUCGUACUGUGUCCGUACCAUUCAGCUGCUUGAGCCUGCUACACCGUCAGGUGACGCAGUGGAAAGCCCAUAAUGGCCGGUGAUGACCACAUGGACUUACUGGUUCCGGAGAUGGUUGUGUAACUUGUAUUAGUUCAUGGUAAUCUUUAUAUGUGGUUCUGCAUGACAGUAGAGACCGCACUAGUUUAAUAAUCUUCCGUAAUUUAAUUGUGUUUUGUUCCCGUUGAA